CUUCCGUCCGCUCCUUUCCCUCCACAUCCGCCUCUCCCAUGAUGGCGGCGAGCACAACUACGGAGGAGCCGCUUCGGCUGUCGGAGCUGCUGGAGUCCGGCUGGCGACUGCUGGAGGAGGUGGAGGAUGGCAGCGCCGCGGAACCUUCGUCGGGGGCGCCCGCUGUGCAGCGGAAGGUGCAGCGCGGGAUCGGCCUCCUGGAACGCGCCGCCAGCGCCGUCGCCGAGCUCCAGCUCUUCAGGUGCCGUAGAGCAUGUGCAGAGGGCGCCACAUGUAUACCCCAUGGGGGGGGGCUGUCCAUGGCUCACAGUCUACCUCGGGAUGGCAGCGCCUGCCCGAUGACCUUUAGAAACCGGCAGUGCUGCAGUCCAAUCUUCAGCUUGUGGCUCCAGAGGCACUCUGCAUCUGCCCAGAGGCACCUUCAGCUCCUCGCCGCCACAAGCUUUUGCUUGGGCUGGAUCUCACCCCUUCACAAUAGAAGAGGGAGGUGCCCACCCCCACCAUGCAUUCUCUGCUCAGAUCCUGACAUUUCAUAGGCAGUUUUUCCCAAUUUAUGGAAUAAAAGCUGUUUGAUUUGGUUCUUCUAUUGCUUUUCCCUGUUUUUAAAAUAGUUCAGCAAAUAGUGCAUGAGAUUCUUAGCAUUGGGCAAAAGACUCCUAUGUUGCCCUGGGUUGGACAAGUUGACCCUCAUGGUCCCUUCCAACUCUACAGUUAUAUAAUUCUAAGAGCGUGGUUGCUGGAUCAGGCCAAUCGCCCAUCUAGUUCUGCAUCUUGUUCUCACAGUGGCCCACAGGGGCAAAACUAGGAUUUAUUUUGCCCAGGUCAAAGACCCAGUUUGGCACCCCCACACGCAUUUGUGUACACACACACAGAGGCUGGGAGCCUCAAUGGCCGCCCAGCGUAGGCUUCACUGAGGGCUACCUAAGCCAUUGUGACUAUUAGCCAUUCAUAGCCCUCUCCUCUUCCAUGAACCUGUCCUCUUGUAAAGCCAUCUGUGUUCCGCUGUGGUAGGGAACUCCACAAAUUAGCUAUGUGCUGUGUGAAGAAGGACUUUGAAAAAAUUGUCUAUGCAUUCUAGUGUUAUGAGAGAAGUGAAGUUACAGGGAACCAGACAGAGGGCCUUCUCGGUAGUGGCGCCCACCCUGUGGAACACCCUCCUUUCAGAUGUGAAGGAAAUAAGCAGCUAUCCUAUCUUUAAAAUACAUCCGAAGGCAGCCCUGUUUAGUGAAGUUUUUAAUAUUUAAUGCUGUACUGUUUUUAACACUUGAUUGGGAGCCGCCCAGAGUGGCUGGGGAAACUCAGCCAGAUGGGUGGGGUAUAAAUAAUAAAUUAUUAUUAUUAUUAUUAUUAUUAUUAUUAUUAGAGAGGGAGGGAAACUGGUGGUGGACUCCCCUCCAUUGGAGGUUUUUUCUGCAGAGCUUGGCCAGAUUCUCUAGCUCUAAUUCCAGCAUUGCAGCGGGGCUGGACUAGAUGGCCCUUGGGGCAUCUCUUCCAACUCUAUGAUUUUUACUCUGCUCUCUCCUUUCAGCCACAACGAAGAGCUGGAGGAGAUCUCCUCAGCUGAUCUGAAGUUCAUGCUGGUCCCUGCUCUGUUGGCGGCCCUCAUCUUGAAGCAGGUCAACCCCAGCAAGCGCCUGGAGCAUGUACAGAGGGCCCGUGCUGGCUUCAUGGACUUCCUGAAGGUCUGCAAAGACUAUGGGAUUGGGCGCUUCCAACUCCCACGGGAGGUGGAGGUGGAGAGCGGGGAUGAAAGUGAGUCCUCCGGUAGCAACAUCAACUCCGUUCUGGGGACUGAUCAGCAGACGGCUAUCCUUGCCAUGGCAUCCAACAGGCAGGCGAAGAUCGAAAGGUGAGUGGGGAGGCCUUCCUGGAUAAUGGGUGGCAAAUGUCAGUUUCAUUUUGAUUUUAAAUAUUUUCAGUUACUAUGAUACCUUUUUGGUAAUAUUUAAAUUCUAGUAUGUUUCAGAAUAAACAAUAAUUAAAUUAAGCCAGAAAUAAAACAAUAAUUUCAUUGGAAAAACCAUUAUUAUAAAAUAAUACAGUGGGUUGAAUACCUAAACUUAAGACAGCAGUUUAGAAAACAAGCUCAAAGAAGCUGUUUUGUAAAACAGGGAAAGCAAAGUGCUCAAAUUUAAAAUAGACAGGAACAUAAAUGUUUUUCAAAGCCUUAUCCCUUGAAUCCUGGAAGACACCUCAGGGAUCAUCCGGUCCAGCCCCCAGCAAAGCAGGAAUCCUUGACAAAUGCCUAUCCAACCUAUCUUUAGAGUUAGAAGGGACCCCUGAGAGUCAUCUAGGCCAACCCCUCCAUGUCCUUUCCCCAAACAGAUAUAAGCAGAAGAAGGAGCUCGAGAACCAGCUGGCCACCCUGAAGCCCUUCAUCGACGGUGGCCAGGCAGAGGAGGAGCAGAUCCGGGAGUUCUACUUGCUCCAGAUCAAGAAGUGGAUUAGCACAAGCCUGGAGGAAAUCGAGAGCAUUGAUCAGGAAGUCGCUAUCCUCAUUCGGCGGGAUGCCUUGAAGCAGGUAGGGUGGUGGGACAUGGGGAGGGGACCGCCCUCUCUGCCUUUGUGGGGCCUGAAAGCACUUCAGGCUUUGCAGUGGGUUGGACUAGAUGCCCCUUGGGAUCUGUUCCUGCUCUUCAAUUAUAUGGUUCUACAAUGGGGAGAUAGCAUCUGAGUGGUCCCCUGUGGUUGUGGUGACCCCUUACAUGUGAAAAACAGGGGAGCCCUCUAUCAGAAUGCCACUCCCCACCCCACAGAGGUGCUACAGAGGCCCUGGAGCAGCCUGGGCUCCCCAGAUGUCCUUUGACCACACCCAUGAAGACAUAAGAAGAGCCCUGCUGGAUCAGGCCAGGGGCCCAUCUUGCCCAGCAUCCCAUCACAGCGGCCACCCAGAUGUCUGCUACGGGAAGCCUGCAAGCAGGACACACACACAAGAGAAGAAGAACCUGGAUCAGGCCAAUGGCCCAUCUAGUCCAGCCUCCUCUUCUCACAGGGGCCAACUAGGUGCCCCAAAGGGAACCCAUGCAAACAGACUCAGAGCACAAGAGUAGCAUUGCAGCCUCUGAAUGUGCAGGCAGGGCAGAGCCAUUGUGGCUCUUAGCCAUCGACAGCCCUCUCCUCCGUGAAUUUCCCUAAUCCUGUUCUAAAGAUUGGUGGCCAUCGCUGCCUCCUAUGGAAGCGAGUUCCACAGUUUAACUUUGCGCUGAAUACCAGUUGCUGGAAGCUGCAGGAGGGGAGAGUUCUGUAAUGCUUGUGUCCUGCUUGCCGGCUUCCCUUUGGCACCUGGUUGGCUGGGUGAGAUGGCCAGCUCCUCUUACAGGGCCCUGUGUACAGAACAGCCCCCUCUUCCAGAUCCGGCCAGAGGCAGGGCAGGACAGAUAGUUGAAUGUUGCAGCUUUGGUAAAUUGUAUGUAGGAACAUAGGAAGCUGCCUUAUACUGAGUCAGACCCUUGCUCCAUUCAACUCAGUACCACCAACACUGACUGGCAGCAGUGGCUUCCAGCCCUACCUGCAGAUGGCGAUGGGACUGAACCCAGGACCUUUUGCUUGCAAGGCAAAUUCUCCACCACUGACCUAUGGUCCUUCCCCACUUGGGAGAAUCUGAGGUGACCUGUGGGCAGCAGAAUCCGUCACCUGUCACUGGGUGGGUGUCAUGGGGUGGGGCCCUUCAGUUGGCUGUGGAGGGUAGAAUGUGUCUUUUGGAUUGUGUGCUGAAAUGUGUUUUUUAUCUUCUCUAGGGUACAGGGACGCAGCCUCCACGCCCGCUUGGGCCUCCGUUGAAGCCCUUCAUCCUGACCCGGGAUACUGCCCAGGCAAAGUAUGGGUGCUCUGCUCUUUUCAGGGGGGGCAUUCGGGGGGGCUGGCUCCUUCCAGGUGUGUGAUGCUGGUUACGAUUCCUGCAUCGCAGGGGGUUGGACUGGAUGACACUUGGGGCCCCCUCCAGCUCUACGAUUCUGCAGAGGUGGGGAACCUAUGAGGAUGGUCCGUUCUCAGAGGCUGAUGGACCCAAUGGGUUUCCAGAUGGCUCUGGGGGGUUUUUCCAGCUAACCUCUAGAUUAGAUUGAUGCAAUGCAUUCUACAUAGGGCUGCCUCUGAAGACAGUUCAGAAACUUCAACUGGUGCAGAACUUGGCGGCCAGGUUGCUCACCAGGGCAAGACGAUUUGAGCAUAAUGCACCGAUCCUGGCCUGAUUGCACUGGCUGCCCAUUAGCGUCCGGGCCCAAUUCAAAGUGCUGGUUUUGACUUAUAAAGCCUUAAAUGCCUUGGGACCACAGUACUUCAAGGACCAUCUCUCUCCAGAGGAACCUACUUGCACCCUCCAGUCACCAUUUGAGGCCCUUCUUUGUGUGCCUCAUGUGGCAACAUGAAAACAGGCCUUUUCUACAGUGGCUCCCCGUUUGUGGAGGUUCGCCUGGUGUCUUCAUUAUAUACCUUUAAGUGCUAGGUGACAUCCAAUGCCCUUUUAAAUGUGUUGUUGUGGUGGGGGGUUGGUUUGCUUUUGUUAUUGUUUUAAUUAUGUAUUUUGUGUUUGUUUAUAUUGUAAUUUUAUGUAUGUUUGUGUUGUGAACCACUCUGCACUCUACAGAUGAAGGGCGGUAUACAAAUUUUAAUAAUAAUAAACAUAAUAAUAAACAACUGAUUCUAUGAAUAAUGGUGAUGAUGUUGGCAAUAACAAAAACAACCACAAUCUUCCUUCACUGAAUAUUUUUAAGUGAAACUUGGAUGACUGCCUUUCAUGUAUUCUUGAACUGUGAUUCAUGCAUUGACUCUCAGGGACACCUUCCAACUCUACAGUUCUGUGAUUCUGUAAGUGACAAAUAUGUAUCCAGGAGUACCCUGUAGCUCUACACUUGUUCCUUCAGAGUACCAUCCUAGACCUGUCUCCCAAACAUGGGAACCCCGCAGCCGAAGAGACUCCCAUCUUGCUAGGACUAGAGCACAGCUCUGCUCCACCACUGUGCUGAAUGGUUAAAUGAUAAAAAUGUUCAUUCCUUUCUUACAGGGUGUUUGGCGCUGGCUACCCAAGCCUGGCGACAAUGACAGUGGAUGACUGGUAUGAGCAGCAUCGAAAGCAAGGAGCCCUUCCUGAUCAGGGCAUAUCACAAGCAGCCUCAGGUAUUUAUCUGGGUCAGGGGUGUUGGGGAUGGAUGCAUCUUGUAAUGGUGAGAGACUAGGGCCCGGGAGAGACAGGGUUCAAAUCCCCACUUGGCUGUGAAGCUCCCUGGGUGUGACCGUGGGGACCAGUCACUGCUUCUCAGUAUCACCUACCUCGCAGGGUUGUUGUGGGGAUGAAAUGCAGAUGGAGAGAGAACUGUGUAUGCCACCUUGAGAUCCUGGAAGAACAGAGGUGGGACAGAAUUGCGAUAAAUAAGUUGUGUCUAUGAGCAGCAUAGACUGGGAAUCUCCCACUCUGAAUAGCUUUGUUUUAUUUGUUUAUUGAUUGAUUGAUUGAUUGAUUGAUUCGAUUUGAUAAAAAUAUAAGAUAAAAGCACAUAUAAAUAGUUACAACAGAAACAACAAAAUAAUGCCCCCCCUUCCCACAAACACAUUUAAAAGGCUGAAGAACAUUAAUUAGCCAAAGCCCUGAUUAAUGUCUCCCGCACAAUGCCUUCCAGCAGCAGCAGAUAACAGUAGGCUGAGGAUUUAGAAUAGUAGAAUUGGAAGGAACUCCAUGGGGUCCUCUAGUCCAACCCCCUGCGAUACAGGAAAGAAUCCCUGCGCACCCACCCUCUGUUUAAAAUCCUACAGUGUAAGAGAACUGUUGUGGUUGUUCAUGGAAUCACAGAACUGUUGGGUUGAAAAGAACCCAGAACGGUAAUAUAGCCCAACACCCUGCAAUACAGGAAUCAUAGUGCAUUCAGAGUUUUCCUCGCUACUGUGCUCUCAGUCUGGCUUUUCCCUUUUUCGGUCCUGCAGCAGCUGCAGAAAAGCAGCAGGAAGAAGAGAAGAAAGCGGAGGAGAAGGAUGACGAUGAAGCUUUGCGCAAAGCCCGGGAGUGGGAUGAGUGGAAGGAACUUCACCCCAGGGGCUACGGCAACCGCAAGAACAUGGGCUGAUCAAGUGCCUCCUCGAGAGGAGGAGCCUGUGACCCGAGUGCCCUCCACAAGAACCAGAGGAUUGAGCCCCCCACCCUGCGGACCCCUCUCUCUCCAGAGGAGAAGGUUUUCAAAAAGAGAAGGGGUUUUUUUGUUGGGGGGGCUUGUGUCAGGUUCCCCUGGCCAGGAAUCUGGAAGUAGUGAAAGCAUCUUCCCCCAGAUGGACGAUCCCUAUGGAGAAGUUGGUUAUCCCUGUUUCCUAAAGGAGUCCUCAGCAAGCUGAGUGGAUAAGCCUUAUGGAGUUAACUCGUAGUUGCUGUAACUUAUUCUUUCUGUAUUUAAAUAAAGUAACAUGAAAUGCCU